UGGUGGCUGUACGAGUGUGUCUGAAUGACGAAGCGACCACUCGUCGACUAUGCGAGUUCGUCGGAAGAUGAAACGGGGACAGGAAAGGGAAUCAGUGCCACCACUGGGGACUCCCCUGAGGCUAGACAGCUAAAGAAACAGAAACGUCUACCUCCCUUGUCAGAUGCUGUCUCCCCGCCUCUUUUUAGCGCCCUUACCCGAUCCCGCUGCCCACCAAGGACGAAUACGGGCUCAGCCCCAUGUCGAGGGCCAAUGGGCUGCUCAUGUCUACGUCCCAAUUCCGCUUUCAGGCUGCCCCUUGAACCUGCGUAAAUUGCUCCACAGACUGUCAAAAGAGGCGCUCACUGGAGUCCCCGAGCUGUACCCAUUUCUCGAAUUUGAUGGCAUGCGUCUUUCGUCUGAGAAACAGGAAGAGCUUCACAUCUCCCUUUCACGUCCCAUAUUCCUUCGCGCACACCAAAGAGAAGGAUUGAAGAAAGCUGUCAAGCGAGUUGCUCACUCUUCAAAGCGGUUCCAGGCGUCGUUCUCGCGUUUGACGGUUUUCCGCAACGAUGAAGGGACACGAACAUUCUUAAGUAUCGAAGUUGGGGCAGGCUAUGACCAGUUCCGAGGACUGGCUGACGGCCUGACUAACAUCCUCGCCUAUAUUCGACAGAAGGAAUACUACACUACUCCAAGAUUUCACGCAUCCAUUGCAUGGGCUCUACUUUCGGAUCGUCUUCACGCACCAGACAUUCAACGUGGAUCUCCCCUAGAGGAGGCCUCUGCAACAGCCAGGCCGUUCCCGUCCGUUUCCUGUAUACCAAACAGCUUUAUUGAUAGACUGGAGCGGGAGUUCGGUGAUGAAUUGCGACGUGUAGGGAGGCUGGAUAUUGAUCGGGUGUCUGUGAAGAUAGGGAAGGAAGUCUUCACAUGGGGUCCUGCGGUUUCUACAUAUUGGGGUACCCCGUGUUCAGUCUUUAGCUUGAACUCCGAGGAGUGUGCUACGAUCGAAGCGGCUCCCGUCGCUCUCUCCCAUGUUUUCUGACCUCAUUCGCUGGCUGCGGACUGACGGCUUGACGUCGUAUUGACAUCACGUCGGACGCAAAUCUUGCCCACUCGCGUCCCCCUCCAUCGUGCUUAAGCCUCGCUCUCACCGUUUGGGACCACUGCCAGUCCAAGUGGUAGGCC